CCAAGGUUAUUUGUUCCUUGUUGAGUCCUGCACGAUAUUACGAGCUAUUUUGUGUCAAACCCACUUUUUCCUUUAGCUAUAUAGUUCCUUCUGUGGAGUAGAUGUCAAGUCCUGUUUGCCUUAAGUACUGAAUUGGGGUUCAUUUUGGAAGUUGUCUUGGUCGAGUUCCAUAGAUUUGGGAUUUCCUUUUGUGUUAUGACCAUGGGUAUUGAAGAUAAUGGUGAUAUGGGUUUUGAACUCAGGGGUGGUGCUAGUAUUCUGGAUUGCCCUUCUUCAGGAGUGAAUUCAAUUCCACUCUCUGAGAAGAUUGCAGGAAGAGCAAUGAGCUCAGGGGCCAUAUUUAAAUCUACAAAUGGGGCAGACCCUUUCUUUGGUUCUGAUUGGAAUUCACUUUCACUGAAUCAGAGUGGGAAUUUUGAGGGCUCUUCAAUGGUACCUCAUAAUGAGUUUGCCAAUCCAGCUUUCCCAAUUGUGGUAGAAAAUCAAGCAAUUGGUAGCUCUUCGCACUUUGUUCAUUAUCCCUCUGAUCUGGGUCUUGUUGAGAUGGUGCCAAAGCUUCCAGGUUUUGGUAGUGGAAGCUUCUCAGAAAUGGUCAGUUCCUUUGGCCUACCUGAGAAUGACCAUAUCACAAACAGCGGCCGCCCUCUGAAUUAUCUCCGAAACAAGGAGGGUGGCAUUGAAAAGACCUCAACCAAUAAUGCACGUUAUCAGGAGUGCAAAGAUUCAGAAGAGGGAGCGCCACUGAAUGGAAGAAAGAAAAGAAGAGCAUCAGAGUCCCAUUCUCCUUUCAAUACCUAUAAGAAUGCUGAAGGGGAGCAGCAGAAGGAUCCUUCUGUGGACAGUUCAGAAUUUCUGAAAAAACGGGAGGAAAGGGAACAGAAAAUUGAACAAAACAUUAGUGCCAAUUUGCUUGGUAAGCAAACAGGUAAACAAGCUAAAGAUAAUUCUAAGAGUGAAGCUCCUAGAGAAAAUUAUAUUCAUGUGAGGGCCAAACGGGGCCAUGCUACUAACAGUCACAGCCUCGCAGAAAGGUUGAGGAGAGAAAAGAUUAGUGAGCGAAUGAGAUUGCUUCAAGAACUUGUUCCAGGCUGCAAUAAGAUAACUGGGAAAGCAAUAAUGCUCGAUGAAAUCAUCAACUAUGUGCAAUCACUGCAACAGCAGGUCGAGUUUUUGUCAAUGAAACUUGCGACUGUCAAUCCAGAUAUGAAUGUGGAUAUAGAACAAAUUCUAUCCAAAGAUAUCCACUCACGAGGAAGCAACGCAGGUAUUUUUGGAUUGGGACAAGCCUUGAGCUCCUCCUAUCCAUUCCCCCAGGGAAUUCCACACGGAACCUUGCCGUGUAUCCCAAGUACAGCACCCCCAUUUAAUCCCAUGAGCCAGGUAACAUCAAGAUCUCAUCAUUGUACUCUUAUCCUUUCCCAUAUUGAAAGCAUUAACUCAGGUAUGUUGUCCGAUAAAUAGUCCAUAUGGGAUAAUGAGGUCCACAAUAUUCUUCAAAUGGGAUUUGAUUUCAACUCAGCUGCUAUAUGCAAUCGGGGACCAAAUGGGUGCUCAAAAUCGGAACUCUAGAAUAGUGGAAGAGGGAAGAGUUUUUGUUUCCUUUUACAUGUCUCCCAGCUAACUGCAGAUUUGACUCCAUUAGCGAAGAAAAAAAUGAGCUAAAUUCUUUAGCAUUGUAUAGGUUCUCAAGUCUCCUAACUGUGUUCUUCGAAUUUUAGCAGAAGAAGAUGACUCGGAUUGAAAAAAAUCAAUGUCUAAGAAAGAAAAAGCAAGAAUUUGAUUGGGGAAGAUGAUUGUUUUGUUUGGUGUUUGAGAGUAAAAAUAUUAUUGAAGAGCUUUGUGAGGAUUUUGGAGAAACUGAUGGGGUGAGUGAGUGAGAUUGCUGGUGAGUUUCAUGUCAUUCCUUCAAAGACAAGUUACAUCCUUAGGC